AUGAACUUUUACAGUCCCUUGCAAGGAUCUGUGCUUUUCAACGGCGUCAACAUCCAAAACUUGGCCGACUGGUCUUCGGAAGUGAUGCUUGUCGAACUGACUCCUCAAGUUUUCGAGCGGACAGUGGGCGAAAAUGUGGCCAUGGUCGGCGCGGCUCCGGAAGAGGUUAUUCGCGCUUGCCAGUUUGCACGCAUUGACCCGAGCCUUGCGGCCGAUUGCCUUUCGGGCGGCCAAAUCCAACAGGUCGGCCUUGCACGGGCUCGCGCGCGCGAUCCCGCAGUGUUGAUUUUGGACGAGGCGCUUUGUUCCAUCGACACCGUCACUCGUGCAGCUAUCUGGCGCGAACUUAGGGCGUGGCGGCGCGGGCGCGUGACAAUAGUCAUCACACACGAUCUAUCUGAGGCAGCGCCCGACGACCACGUUGUUUUGCUUGAGGAUGGGAAGGUAGUAGCAGAUUCGAUGAACUCGAAAAUCAAUGCAAUUAAUUUCAGCAGCGACCUACCCAAGCAUGGAUCUCCAAGUACAGCGUGCCUCCUCGAUGUAUCAGGCUCCAAUUCCGAUAUGACAAUAACUUCAGAGACACUAGACACUUCAUCUUCAGAUACUCAGGAGAGCGUCGCGGGCAUUUUCCGUAUUCUUCGUUUCUUCUGGGCAACAACGCCGUCGUGCGCACUUCUUUUCUUCGGCGCCCUUCUCUGCGCCGUUUCGGCGGGCGCCACUCCCGCGCUUUCCUUCUGCACCUCCAAGCUUCUUCUGGCGUCCGUUUCUGCGCGCCCGGCGCCGCCCCGUUUCAUGGUGCGGUGGUCGCUCGUGUGCAUUGGCGUUAUUUUGGGCGACACCGCCGCACACUUUUUAGGCCACUGGGCCGUCGAAACUGCGCUGGAGCUGUGGAUUGUCAAUCUCCGUAAACGUGCCGCCGCAGCUGUCAACGACCAGGACAUGCUGUUCUUUGCCACCCGCGACCACCAUCCUGCCCGCCUCACGACUUUGGUCAUGAACGAUGCGCGCGAUCUCCGGGCGCUUGUGGCGGAAUUUGUUGCCGGCGCCAUUCUGGUGGUUGUACUCACUGUUUCCGGCUUGCUGUGGGCACUCGUUUCAGGCUGGCAGCUUGCACUUGUUGGGCUUGCAUUUAUUCCGGCUGUGGUUGGUGCUCUGGCGCUUUUUGGCGCGCUCAUGCUGCGGGCAGAAACGAAAUACAAGAAGCGCGUGGCCUCGGCCGAGGCGUUCAAUCGCACGGUUGUGGCCGGCGUUCGCACCGUCAAGGCGUGCGGGCUCGCGCAGGCGGUGGCUCGUGACUUUGACGGUUUUUUGGCGCGGAUUCGAGUCUCGGGCCGCGUGCGCGCAGUGGCCACAGGUUUCGGCCUUGCCUUUCUGGAGCUCUGCACUUCCGCGGCCACCGGCACUGUCAUGUACUAUGGUAUGGCGCUAGUGGCAAAAAAGACUUAUUCACAACAGCAAAUGGUCGAGACCUUGUCGUUGCUCACGUUCACACUAGUGGGCGCCGCUGGGCUUGUGCACCUGCUUCCGCAGAUUGCGCGCGGCCAGAGGGCCGGCACGAAGAUGGCGCGGCUUGUGCAAUUGACUCCGCUGGAGGUGGAGACAGGCGGCACCGGCGAAAAAAUCCCAGCCGCGUUGGCUCGGCCCGCACCUCCAGGCGUGUUGGUGUUAUCGCUCGAGCACGUGGAUUUUGCCUAUGGCGAUGCCGAAACGUGCCAGUACCGGCGGGUGUUGUGCAAUGCCAAUCUUGAAGUGCGCGCAGGCGAAUGUGUUGCUCUUUUGGGCCAGUCGGGUAGCGGCAAGUCGACGGCGGCGCGGCUUUUCGCGCGGCUCUGGCGCGCCGACCGCGGCCGGGUUGUUUUUCGCGGCCGCGACGUGCUUCUGCUCGACCCGCACUGGUACCGCGAGCAGGUGGUGGUGGUGCCGCAACGGCCGCGUGUUUUCGAGGGCAGUGUUCGCGCCAACUUGUGCUACGGCACUCGCCCAGCGCCCGACGAAGAGUUAUGGCGCGCGCUCGAAGUAUGCCAGGCGGCGGAAAUUGUGCGGCUGCUUCCGGGCGGGCUCGACGCACCUGUGGCCGAUUGUGCUCUUUCGCUGGGCCAGCUCCAGCGUCUCUGUGUGGCGCGGGCGGUUUUACGGCGGCCCCAGGUGUUGGUUUUUGACGAGUGCACACUGCAUUUGGAUCGGGCGACGGCGGACGCGAUAGCAAAAGUGAUGUGCGGCGGGCUUCAGGCGCGCGCGCCCCACUUAGCCGUGGUUGUUAUUACGCACGACGCGGCGGUUGCGCAGCGGUGCGGGCGGGCGGUGCGAAUCAACUCGGGCGAGAUUAGAAAUUGA